AUGCCCCAACCCGCCCCCCACCCUCUCAUCCACAUCAACGGCUUCCCCGGCACCGGCAAACUAACGACCGCCCAACAGAUCCUACAACUCUUUGCCUCCCACUCAACAGACAUAAAACUAAUCCACAACCAUCUCCUCGUCAACCCAGCCGACGCCGUCCUCCACCGCACCCAACCAGGCUACCAACCCCUCCGUCACGCACUCCGCACCGCGGUCUUCACCUCCCUAGUCUCCGAGCCCGCAACCUACCACACAACUUACCUAUUCACCGACUUCCAGAUAAGCAAUGACCAAGGAAUCAGUGUCUGCAUGGAAUACGCCCAGGCCGCCAGAGACCGAGGAUGCCUUUUCAUCCCCAUUGUCCUGGUGUGCGACGAAGCUGUGAACCUGGAGCGGGUCAUACGUUCGGACCGAGAGAUACAUGGGAAGCUGAUGGAUGUGGAGUUAUUGAAAUCGUUUCGCAACGGUGCACCGGUUUAUAGGUUUAGUGAUCGGAAGGAGUUCCUGGAGAUUGAUGUCACCGAUUUGCAGCCGGAAGAUGUGGCGCGAAGGAUUUGGGGACAUGUUUUGGGGGUGUGGGAUGGGUUGCAUGGCGAGAAGUGUAAGCGUUAG